GAUUCCCCCAUUCCUUUAGCUUCCUCCUAGCUGGCUCCGACACCCUUUCCCCUCACCCACCCUAAGGUCGCACUGAUCGCACGCUGGGAUUGUCUUUACAAAUAAUUAAUACUGCUGCGAUACUGCCACUGUGGCUUUGGCUUUCACCACCGCAAGGCUAGAUCGCGCUCUGAUUCCACCUGUCUUCUUUUGAGAUGGUGUUUAUCUAGAUGUGUCGGGCUAGCUGAUCCUCCUCGUGCAAGAUAAUGCAGAUGGGUCGUCAACUACAUGUGAUAUCGAUGUGGCUAAUCUGAGGUUUAUGGUGCUUGACACUGUUCUCGGCGCCCUCUGAGAAUGGAGCAUGUAUCAACGCUCUGUGCAAUUAGCACCGUCGGUAUUGCACCAACUGGCUUCGCCUUCGGUCGCGUAGAUCGAAGCUCCUCCAGACCAGGCCGAUUCCGGAAAAAGACCCUCCCGCUGCAUGAUCAAUGCGCGACAGCGACAGACGAUACCGUAUCCUUGUCAAAUGCAAACUAUGUCCCCACAAGUCCCUUUCCAUCAGUGACAGCACAAUCUCCUCUGGCCGCAGAAUUCUUUCGGGGGUCAGAAGAUGGUGCGUUUGAUACGAGUAAGCCGGGAGAGGAGAAGUCGCGCAGGAAAUCAUCGUUUGCAGGUGUACGACUGCGACGUCGCGGACAGACCUUCACUGGCCCGCCAAAGCCAGUCUUCGAGAAUAUUUCACUCGCUGCGCACAUACGACGACCCUCGUCUUCCUGGGUGCGACGCCUGUCAUUUCAACCGGAGAAACGCGCUUCAUGCCAGACCCCCGUUUCCCCUACAUCAAACACGCCCGGUAGCCCGGCCAGCCCUCCCGCUUCUAUUCAACGCAGGCCCAACAAACUAGUCAAGCGGCCACCUUCACAUCAUGCCAACUCUCAUUCAUUGUCCGGGAUCGCGCCAUCUUCUCCUUUGACUCCCACCGGUUUUCGCAGGCCUGCUACUAGUCAUCAGCGGUCUGAGACCUUGGGACAUAAAGCUACUCAUAGUCUUAAUUUCGAACCGAGUCUGAUCUUGAACCCUCCGGUAAGCAAGCCUGAUAUUGCUGCUAUAGGGGAUGAUCAUGUCUGGCGUCCAUAUAUAGACGUCAGCCCGGAGGGUUUUUCGGAAAGGCUGGCGCGCAGAUUCUCAACCGCAACGAGACCGAAAGACCAAGGGCUGCGGCGGAUCGUACCGAAUGCGGAGACUGCCCCGGCUCUCCUUUUGGCAACAUCUAUCAAAGGGAAGCAACCGACGGCGGAAGCUGGCCUGGAUGCAUUUACUCCUUCCCCUUCAGUCCAGUUUCGAAACCCGUUCGAGCCCAGUGGGAACUCAUCUCAACAAAAAGAAUUGUCAUUGCCGCCGGAGGAAAGCGAUUCCCAAACCUCGCCUUCUUUGCAAGAUGCGGAUCCGAAGUCUCUCCCAACCGACACUGGAGCCCCCGAAGGCGAAAACUUCAAGAAUGUUCCCCUAGUUUAUUCUAAAAGAAGGGCAAUAUCGACGCCUCUUCCAGCGAAGACAAAGACGGAAGGAACUCAGGUGAUUCCGAUUCACACACAUGGAAGACGAAACAUCACCGACCCUAAUAUCUUCCGUCGUCCGACCUUUGCACAGAACGGCGCUACUUCGUCAUUGAUGUCGGAACUAAUAAGUCCGCGACGCAGAGCCUAUCCUCUUUAUCUUCAGGACUAUAAACAGGAGAUGGCUCAUCUACGGGACAUCGGAUCACGUCCAUUCACCCUGGACUCAGUAACACUGACUAGGUCUCAAGGCACUUUCCGUCAGCGCCCAAAACGCCAUUCUAUCGCUGCGUCAGACCCUGCAUCAACCGUCAUAGGUUCCGAUGAUACUCAUAUAUUCACAUCUGGCGAUGAGGAUGAGACAGAUUUCUUGAGCGACACUGCCUUUGACUCCAUCCGCACCCAUCUCACCACCAGCAGUGGCUUGGGCUCUUAUGCUCCUCGAAUCGAGACAAUCUUUGAUAAGGACUUCCCCGUGAAUACCUUGGAGGGAGAGUCUUCUAAUGGCCAUGCACUUGAAACACGCGAAUCUCUUACUUCACAGUCGCUUGGGAAUUGCCAUUGUGAAUCUGAUGCAGAUGCGACGCCAACGCCCAUUACUAUGCCAGGCCAUAUCGCAGACAGCGCAUCGGAUAUGCACGAAGGUGACAGCCACAUAUCUUUUCCGUCUGACUUGACCGACGACGAAGAUUCUCGCAGUCUGGUGGCGGCGUUGCCCGGUGAAACUACCAAUCCAUUCACACAAGUGCAACCUUCAAUGUUGUCGUUGAAGGGUGAUGGCGGCGAUUGUUUUAGAAGCGAGACAAGGCAAUCACACAAGUACGAUUCUCGCAGUCUCAACCACGAGGCGCUUGACUCGUGUCCGAAAAUGAACAUCUUCGACUGGUCAGAGCAGCCUAGAAGCGACCGUGAAGCAGCAGGUUCUGAUGGGCGGCCACGGACCAUGCAUGGGAAGCAUACGCCUGACGUGCGUGGCAGCCGCGCGCCAGGACGAAAAGCUCCGAGUACAUUGCAUCUCCGUAGCCAAAGUGUUCCAGUAACGAGAGACCCUCCGACAAUUAAUGAACAACGUCAGACCUCAGGCAAAUUCGGUACAUGGGGCCUUGGGAGCAAAGGCGUUAGCGAAGACUGGGACAGUGACUUCGAUUUCGAGGAUGCAGAUGAGACUACAACCAAUGAAUCUAUGAAGCCAAGCAAAACGACCCCCCGGCGGGGUAUGAUUGUUCCUCAGGCCAUCAUGGAACGCCAAGCAAGCCUUCAUGGGCAGUUCGGACAGGUCCAAGAACUAACCUUGCUGGUUGAAGAGCUAAAGCGUCUGCGACACCAGGGCAGCUUUCUAAACAUCGUCCGCGGGCCAUCAAGCGAGCUUUGGAAAGAGGCAGAAGGAAUAGUGAACCUAGCCACGCUUGAUGAUGACGAUCAUAAUAACUCGAACAAUAACUCUCCUCCUGGUUCCCCUUCCUCGCUGACAUUCAGUUUUGACGACUCGGAAGGCGAUUCAUCCAAUGCCAAUGAUCCUUGGAAAAGGGUCAGCGAUGGAUCAUGGGGAUUAUCGCUCUCAGAGCACUCCAAUUCCCGCCCUACUACCUCUCCCAGUCCCGAUGUCACUACCAAACCGAACUCUGUGUUGGAUCUGAUCUAUCGACAACGCAGCUCGGUUGACUCCGCUUUUGCAGGAUCACAUCCUCCUCGUCCCAGAAAACUUCCUUUUGAUACGCAAUCUCUCCGCGACUUGGUCGUUCGAGCUGGCGUUGUCACGCGUGCUUUAAAAGAAGUAAUCCGCAAAGCCGAAGGUGUUACGGCAGAGCCUAGAGACACCAUACAUCUUUCAGACCCGCCAUUCCGUCGCAUUUUCGACCAGUCUUCCCAUCAUAAUGCAUGUCUCGAAACUCACGGCAAAUGAGCCACGCCACUUCCUUACACUACAUGAUGUUAUCACUUCACGCCUUUUCUAUUCUCCGACUGUAUCUUCUUUUUUUUUGAAAAGUCUGAUGAUUUCUUGAGCAUAUGAAUUGACGCGAAAGAAAACAAUUGACUUGGACAUGCUUCACCUCUACGCUACCGCUAAUUUCCUCUUCUCCCCUCCCUCUGUCAGGGAAGGAAUCUUCGAUAAAACUUUCUGUUUUCGGAUGGAUAUCACAUUGUACAAUUCAGAUGUUUGG